AUGGCGGUCGGCGGCUGUGCUCUCUCAUCGGACAACGUCGUCGUGAAGUCCCCUACUGACCGGCGUCUCUACAGAUACAUACAGCUCGCCAAUGGCCUCUGUGCUUUGCUAGUCCAUGAUCCCGAUAUUUACUCCAAUGAACCUUCGUCCAGUUCAAAGAUGGAAUGCAGCGAAGAUGAAGAUGAGGACGAAGAUGGGGAAGAUGACGAAGAAGACGAGGAUUCGGAAGAUGAUGAGAGCAUCGAGGAGGACGAGGAAGAAGACGAGGUGAAAGGAUUGAAAGAUUCUGUGCAAAAGAAGGCGGCGGCGGCCAUGUGUGUGGGGACCGGAAGUUUUGCGGACCCUUAUGAGGCACAGGGACUGGCACACUUUUUAGAGCACAUGCUCUUCAUGGGGAGUACUGAGUUCCCUGAUGAAAACGAGUAUGAUAGUUACUUGUCCAAGCAUGGAGGCUCGUCAAAUGCAUAUACAGAAACUGAGUACACUUGCUACCAUUUUGAAGUAAAAAGGGAGUUUCUUAAAGGCGCUUUGAUGAGGUUUGCCCAAUUUUUUGUUUCUCCUUUGGUAAAAGCUGAAGCCAUGGAAAGGGAGGUGUUAGCUGUAGACUCAGAAUUCAAUCAGGCUUUGCAAAGUGAUUCCUGUCGCCUGCAACAACUGCAGUGCCAUACUUCUGCUCAUGGUCAUCCUUUCAAUCGGUUCUUUUGGGGGAAUAAGAAGAGCUUGGCAGACGCUAUGGAGAAAGGAGUCAAUUUAAGAGACCGUAUUCUGAAAUUAUACCAUGACAACUAUUAUGGUGAAUCAAUGAAGCUAGUUGUUAUAGGUGGAGAGACUCUUGAAGUCCUUGAAAGUUGGGUUCUUGAAUUAUUUAGCAGUGUAAAGAAAGCACAUUUGGUUAAGCCAGAGACUAGCCCAGACAUUCCUAUUUGGAAAGCUGGCAAACUUUACUGGUUAGAGGCUGUUAAAGAUGUACAUAUCCUUGAUUUAUCUUGGACAUUGCCUUCGCUAAGAAAAGACUAUAAGAAGAAAGCAGAAGACUACCUCGCUCAUCUCCUUGGACAUGAGGGCAGAGGAAGUUUGCAUUUUUUCUUGAAAGCUAAAGGUUGGGCGACUUCUAUAUCUGCUGGUGUCAGUGAUGAAGGGAUGUACCGUUCUUCUAUCGCAUAUAUCUUUGGCAUGUCAAUAUACUUGACCGACUCUGGCUUGGAGAAGAUCUUUGAAAUCAUUGGAUUUGUCUAUCAAUAUCUCAAACUACUGCGUGAAGAUUCUCCUAAAGAAUGGAUAUUUAAGGAACUCCAAGAUAUUGGAAAUAUGGAAUUUAGAUUUGCAGAAGACCAACCUCAGGAUGAUUAUGCUGCAGAACUUGCUGGGAAUCUGCUUGUUUAUCCUCCAGAACACGUCAUCUAUGGUGACUACGCAUAUGAAGUCUGGGACAAGAAUAUGAUUAAACAUCUUUUGGGUCUCUUUAGGCCUGGAAACAUGAGAGUCGACAUAUUAACCAAGUCUUUUGAGAAGUCUAACGAUAUCCAGCAUGAGCCAUGGUUUGCGUCGAAAUAUGUUGAGGAAGAUAUUCCACUGCAUCUGAUGGAUCAAUGGGAAGAUCCUCCUCAAAUUGAUUCCCUUUUACAUCUUCCCUCCAAGAAUGACUUCAUUCCACGUGACUUUUCCCUACGCAGUGACAGGGCAUCUUGUCAGGCUGAGGAUGCAUCAUCUCCAAGAUGUAUACUUGAUGGACCUGGGAUCAAGUUGUGGUACAAGCUUGAUAAGACUUUUAAUCUUCCUCGUGCAAACACAUAUUUCCGUAUAAACCUAAAAGGAGGAUAUAGUAAUAUAAGGAAUGCUCUGUUGACUGAAUUAUUUGUAUUGCUCCUGAAGGAUGAGCUUAAUGAGAUAAUCUAUCAGGCCAGCGUUGCAAAGUUAGAGAGUUCAGUUUCUCUAUAUGGCGACAAGUUGCAGUUAAAGCUUUAUGGUUUCAAUGAUAAACUCUCAGUUCUUUUGUCUAAGAUCCUGGCAGUAGCUAAGUCUUUUUUGCCUAAGGAGGAUCGCUUCAGGGUUGUUAAAGAAGAUCUUGAGAGGACUUUGAGAAACACCAACAUGAAGCCUCUAAGCCAUUCUUCUUAUUUGAGACUGCAAAUUUUAUGUCGAAGUUUCUGGGAUGUGGAGGAAAAGUUAUGCUUGUUAAAUGGUGUCUCCCUUUCCGAUUUAAAGGCUUUCAUUCCUGAUCUUCUUUCGCAGUUGUACGUUGAGGGCCUUUGCCAUGGGAAUUUGCUGGAAGAGGAAGCUAUUCAGAUAUCAGACAUAUUCAAAAGUAAUUUCUCUGUGCUGCCACUUCCACUUGAACUGAGACACAUGGAGCUUGUAAUGUGUCUUCCUCCAAGUGCAGACCUCGUUAGAGAUAUAAGAGUGAAAAAUAAGCUAGAAACAAACUCAGUGGUAGAGCUUUAUUUUCAGAUUGAACCAGAAGAAGGAACAAAGUUGAUUCAGUUAAAAGCACUUAUAGAUCUUUUUGAUGAAAUAGUUGCAGAACCACUUUUUAAUCAACUGAGGACAAAGGAACAGCUUGGUUAUGUUGUUGACUGUGGGCCAAGAGUCACUUACCGGAUUAUAGGAUUUUGUUUCCGGGUUCAAUCUUGUGAAUAUAACCCGGGCUACUUACAAGGGAGGAUUGAGAGCUUCAUAAAUGGCUUAGAAGAGAUGUUGAAUGAGCUUGAUCAUGAGUCAUUUGACAAUUAUAAAAAUGGUUUGACGGGAAAGCUUCUCGAGAAAGACCCAUCUCUUUUAUACGAAACAAAUCGUUUCUGGGAUCAAAUAACAGACAAAAGGUAUAUGUUUGACUUGUCUGCAAAGGAAGCUGAGGAACUAAAAAAUAUUCAGAAGGGAGAUAUUAUCAAUUGGUACCACACUUAUUUACGAAAACCUUCUCCCAAGUGUCGUAGGCUUGCGGCUCGUGUGUGGGGCUGCAACACGGAUUGGAAAGAUGCAGAUUCAAAAGAUGCGUCUCGACAGGGCAUCAGUGGAGCUGCAUUUGUCGAUUUGCUUGCGUUUUGUGUAAAAAGGUGGAAUGAGGUAAGGAGAUAUAUUGAGACAUUGGAUCGUGAGAGCCGACUCAAGAUGAGCGAGGGCAAGCAGUAUCAGCUGGGGACGAUUGGAGCGUUGAGUCUUUCGGUGGUUUCGUCGGUGUCGAUCGUGAUCUGCAACAAGGCACUGAUCAGCACUCUUGGCUUCACGUUUGCUACUACUCUGACUAGCUGGCAUCUCCUUGUUACAUUCUGUUUUCUUCAUAUUGCUCUAUGGAUGAAAUGCUUCCCGAAUUUCGUCGAUACUUUUCGAAAGACCUUCAACCCUACGAUCAACCCGAUCAAUUUGAAAGCCGAGAUCAUCUGUUCUUCGAUCCAAAUCUUCCAAAUGAGCAUCACGUUGGUCGUUGUCUCGUUUUGGCAGCAUCUUGAAUCGAUGACAAAAUUGGCAAUUAUACCAUGCACUGUUCUUUUAGAGACCCUGUUCUUCCGAAAAAUAUUCAGUAGGAACGUCCAGGCAUCCCUUGGUGUUCUUCUCCUGGGUGUUGGAAUUGCGACCGUGACAGAUCUGCAGCUCAAUGUCCUGGGUUCCGUCCUGUCUCUACUUGCAGUUGUUACGACUUGUAUUGCACAAAUUAUGACAAACACCAUCCAGAAAAAGUUCAAAGUUUCUUCUACACAACUUCUGUACCAAUCAUGCCCCUAUCAGGCAAUCACUCUGUUUCUAACUGGACCGUUUGUAGAUGGAAUGCUCACAAACUUGAAUGUAUUUGCGUUCAAUUAUACCCCGAAAGUACUGGCAUUUAUUGUCCUAUCAUGUUUGAUAUCAGUAUCCGUAAACUUCAGUACCUUUCUUGUGAUUGGAAAAACUUCGCCAGUCACUUAUCAGGUCUUAGGGCAUUUGAAAACAUGCCUUGUGCUGGCAUUCGGUUAUGUUCUUCUACGAGACCCCUUUAGUUGGCGGAACAUUCUAGGCAUCCUUAUUGCUAUAGUAGGAAUGGUGCUAUAUUCGUAUUAUUGCACGAUCGAGAGCCAGCAAAAGACCAAUGCAGAAGCAGCACAGUUAUCUCAGGCUAAAGAAAAUGAAUCUGAUCCUCUAUUAAGUGUCGAAAAUGGAGGUGGUAGUUUAUCCGACUCGAGUGUUGCUAGAGCUCCAGGGUGGAAUUCGAACAAGGACCUGCAGGCUUAG